AUGAGCUCCGUGGUGGUUUUUGUGACGUGGGGACAUUUUUUGAAGCUGGACGACAAAAAGAACAGCGUCAGGUUGGCAGCUUUUUUAAACAGGCGCAGACUGGAGAAACAGUUAUAUGAACGAGGUUCCACGUUGCGGAGGCAAAAAGAGAAGUCUCCUUCAUGGCAUGCUUCGUCAAGGGCAGCAGAAACACUGCCGACCGCGGAGACUCCCAUGCCUGUUUUAUCCAAAAAAGCACACAAGAAGCUUCCUCAGUGGGAUUUUGAAGAAGUUUAUAACCAGGAUGCUCCACCUCGACCUACAACUUGCGCAAAAUCUCUGCGAAACACAAAGGACGAGAAUUUCACGAAGGCUUUUCUCCCCAACAUACGCCUGUUCCUGCACAAAGACAACAUCAACAUGAGCGAGUGGAACCGGCUGUCACAUUUCAACAAUCCUUUUGGUUUCAUGGAUCUGAAGUACGAUGAGGUGAUGACUGCAGCGAAGCUGAUCCCGAGGCCGUCAGAGCCGCUGCUGCGUCCCAAACCAGGCGGCGACGGCUGUGUGCACUGUGCAGUGGUGGGAACUGCGGGGAUCCUCAACGGCUCCAAAGUGGGCGCCGAGAUCGACUCCCAUGACUAUGUUUUCAGGAUGAACGGAGCCAUCACAGAAGGUUAUGAGGAAGACGUCGGCAACAGAACCUCGGUGUACGUCCACUCGGCGCACUCGCUCGUCAAAUCACUUUAUUUGCUCAAGAAGUACGGAUACAAAUCCGCUCCUCAUGAUGAGGGUAUAAAGUAUGUGAUGAUGCCAGAGAAGCUGAAGGAUUUCCAGUGGCUGGAGGGUCUUCUCAAAGGGAAGAGAGUUGCUGCUGGACCGUACCACAACAGGACCCCAAGGCUUUACUAUUCAGGGCAGUACAACGAGACUCGGUUCUACGUUCUGCAUCAGGACUUCCUGCGGUACAUCAGGAACAGGUUUCUGAGUUCACCGAAGCUGAAAACCAAACACUGGUCCUCGAUCCGACCCACUAAUGGAGCCUUCACCAUCUUCCUGGCUUUGCACACCUGUGACACAGUGGAUGCAUACGGAUUCUUGACUGAUGACUUUGAGAAAUACUCCAACUACUAUGUCCAGAGGGACACCAAGAUAAACUUCUAUUUCCACCCCAACCAUGAUUUCUUGCUGGAGAGGGAUUUGUGGAUUGACCUUCACAACAGGAAGAUAAUCAGGCUGUAUCAAAGGAAUGAUACAGAAAAAGUGGAGCAGCGCUGA